GGAGGUCAGUGAUUUGAUAGCGAGAACUACCUGGUCCUCCAGCAAUGUUCCCUGAGAACAAAAGUGCACAGCACCUCCGGCCUUGGGGGGUCACCCCCAUUUCCACGUGUUGCCUACAGACCUUGGGUUUGCCCCAGAUUUCAAUCCCGGAGUCUCCUCCAGAAGCAGGGGGCAGGUGCGUGGGCUUGAACCAGUCAGGGCCGCCUUCAUAUUUCCCGCCCCCUUCCCCGGUGGGGAGGGGGGUCUGUGUGUGUGUGUGUGUGUGUGUGUGUGUGUGUGUGCGUGUGUGUGUAGGUGUGUGUAUGAAGGCGUGUGUAUAGAAUUCAAUACUCGUGGGACUCAGCGGCUGUCCUGCCCCCGCGGCUCGGCCGAUUGGCUGGCGGUGAGCUCCCUCCCCGCUCCGCACCCCUGCGUCCCAGGUGGCCCAGGUCCCCGGUGGGGAGCUGUUUACCGAGAGAGCCGGUGCAGGUGGGGCUGCGUCUCGGCGCUCGCUCCCUCCGGAGCCCCGCCCGCCCAGGAAGCGGGCAGAAAGCCUGGCCGAGGCGUCCUCCCCUUCCCCCUUCCCCCACCGCCGGGAGAGGUCGGGUAAGGGGGGAGGGUGGGCGUGGGAGGGGGAGCCCCGGGCCUGGGGGUCCGGCUGUCCCCCCCGUCCCGGUUAGAUCCCUGGGCCUAACUCCCUCUCCCUCCGCCCCGCCCUGUCGUGCCCAGGGCGCCGUGCCCACCCCGGGCCAGCAGCCAGAACCUGGAUCUCAGGGAUGCCCGGGUCUCCUAGAGGAGGCGUAGACGCGGUGUGUUCCCCCUUCCCCAGACGGCGAUGACCCCCAAGCCUGCCGGCCCCCCCGACGGGGGCUGGGGCUGGGCGGUGGCGGCCGCGGCCUUCGCGGUGAAUGGGCUCUCCUACGGGCUGUUGCGCUCGCUGGGCCUUGCCCUCCCCGACCUCGCGGAGCACUUUGACCGGAGCACUCAGGACACCGCGUGGGUCAGCGCCCUGGCCCUGGCGGUGCAGCAGGCAGCCAGCCCAGUGGGCAGCGCCCUGAGCACCCGCUGGGGGGCGCGCCCGGUGGUGAUGGUUGGGGGCGUCCUCACCUCGCUGGGCUUCGUCUUCUCCGCUUUCGCCGGCAGUCUGCUGCACCUCUACCUUGGCCUGGGCAUCCUUGCUGGCUCCGGCUGGGCCCUGGUGUUCGCCCCCGCCCUGGGGACCCUGUCGCGAUACUUUUCCCGCCGCCGAGUCUUGGCCGUGGGGCUGGCGCUCACGGGCAACGGCGCCUCCUCGCUGCUCCUGGCGCCCAGCCUGCAGUUCCUCCUUGACACCUUCGGCUGGCGGGGCGCCCUGCUCCUCCUCGGCGCCGUCACCCUCCACCUCGCCCCCUGCGGCGCCCUGCUGCGACCCCUGGCGCUCCCUGGCGACCCCCCGGCGCCACCCCGCGGGCCCUUCGCUGCCCUCGGCCUGGGUCUCUUCGCGCGCCGGGCCUUCUCAGUGUUUGCUCUGGGCACAGCCCUGGUCGGGGGCGGCUACUUCGUCCCCUACGUGCACUUGGCCCCCCACGCUUUAGACCGGGGCCUGGGCGGGUACGGGGCGGCGCUGGUGGUGGUCGUGGCCGCGGUGGGGGACGCGGGCGCGCGGCUGAUCAGCGGCUGGCUGGCGGACCAGGGCUGGGUGCCCCUCUCGCGGCUUCUGUUGGUGUUCGCGGCUCUGACCGGGCUGGGGCUGCUGGCCGUGGGGCUGGUGCCCUUGGCGGGGAGCCAGGAGGGCUGCUGGGGGGCCCUGCUGGCCGCGGCGGGGGCCUACGGGCUGAGCGCCGGAAGCUACGCCCCCCUGGUUUUCGGCGUGCUCCCCGGGCUCGUGGGCGUCGGAGGUGUCGUACAGGCCACAGGGCUGGUGAUGAUGCUGAUGAGUCUGGGGGGGCUUCUGGGCCCUCCCCUGUCAGGCUUCCUAAGGGACGAGACGGGAGACUUCACCGCCUCCUUCCUCGCCUGCGGCUCUUUCAUUCUCUGUGGCAGCGUCAUCUACAUGGGGCUGCCCGGGGCGCUGCCCUCCUGGCGUCCAGCCCCUGGGCCGGCCCCCCCUCCCCCCGAGAGCCGGGAACUGCUCCCUGUUCUUCCGGCCGCCCUGCUCUCCUCGGGGGGCCCUCAGUCCACUCGGGACACUAGUUGUUGACGAUUUGUUUGAGCCACUCCCCCAAUAAAGAAUUUCUAUCCGGUUUCCUGCAAA